ACUCCGCCGCUGUCAUCCCCUCCACUCCGCCAGCCCAGCUGAGUGCCGACUCGCGCUCCGCGCGCACUUGGCGAGCCGACUUCGGCGCGAGCGGGUCGAGCGAGAGCGUGUGGUGGUCGGUAAACAGUGGAGCGCAGCAGGCAUCAUUUGUCCGUGGCCCGUCAGCGACCGUUCACAGCCGUCGAGUGACAGUCCCACGCCACCUGUUCGCUCCCCGGUGUGCUCGCGCCUCUAAUUACGCGAAGUGAGUGCGUGUCCAUCCCUCGUAAGCAGGAGCGUUCGUCUUACGCGGAAAAGCUCACCGCCGCGCCGCCACAUGGAUCGUCCGCCCAGCAGCCGGAGUCAACGCCAAAUGCCGCUCGCGGCCGCGUCAUUCUAGUUGUGAUUUAGUGGUGACUCGCCGUGCUCUACCGGACAGGAUUACACGAGCGUCGUCGCUGCUGCCACAGCGCUCUUCUUCAGUUCCUUCACAAGGACACCGGAUCUCUUCGCAGCACCCUCCUAAAGGCAUGAAGGUGCUGCCACUGUCGCUGCCGCCGGCCGCGGUGGAGCGCGCGGCGAGCGUGGGCCCCGGCCUGGGGUCCCCGCACGGCGGCGCGCUGCCGCUGUCGCUGCAGCUUAGCGCGGGGGAGCUGCUGUGGCGGUACCCCGGCCUGGGGCUGGCCGCCGCCGCCUCCGCCUCUGCCGGCUCGCCCCAGCACGCCGCUGCCGCGGCCGCCGCCGCCGCCUCCGUGGGCGGCCAGGCCGCCGCCGCCGCUGCCGCCGCCGCCUCCCUGCACUUCCCCUCCUCCAACGUCGUAGACUUCAAGGCGCACCUGCCGCCUUCGCUAGCCUCAGACCCGAGAAUAUGGUCACGAGAGGAUGUGGCAGCUUUCUUGAAGUGGUGUGAGAGGGAAUUCGACUUGCCCGAAUUCAACAUGGACAUGUUCCAGAUGAACGGCAAGGCCCUGUGCCUGCUGACGAAGGCAGACCUGGGCGAGCGGUCGUCUGCGGCGGGCGACGUGCUGCACAACGUUCUGCAGCUGCUGGUGCGCGAUGCGGCGGCACUGGCACGCUGCCUGCCCUCCAGCCCCGUAACGCCCACGUCGCGCUGCUACCCGCCACCCCCGCCGCCGUCGCCCGCCGCCUGGGGAUUCGUCGAUUUUCCACCCCCCUCUGGGUUCGUGCACCUCGUGCAACACGGCAACUCUGUCACACUCAGUCCUGCACCCUCCGUCGAUAGCCAGUCGGGGAGCCCACAGCACGCAGACCACAUGGCGGCAUCGUCCUACCACAGUGGCAGUGCGGGUAGCAAUAGCAACGGUUCUGACUCGGACGAUGACAGCUGCCAGGAGGCGGCAGGUCCGGGCCACGCGGGCAGCUCACCACCACCUACCGCAACUGCUGCCCCUGCACCAGCACCUGCACACCAACAGCUCCAGCACACGCAGCCCCCACCACCGAGCCUGCCACCCCCGUCACCCACGGCGCGCGAGCCGCCUCCGUCGCCUGCUUCUAACACUGUUUUCAGGAACGCUUUCGCACCCCGCGAAUUCUUCCCUUCGGACACCCCGGAGCCUAACACCAAUGGCCGCCUUUUGUGGGAUUUCCUGCAACAGCUGCUGAAUGAUCCAACACAACGGUACACAAACUACAUUGCAUGGAAGAACCGGGACACUGGUGUUUUCAAGAUUGUUGAUCCCGCAGGACUUGCAAAGUUAUGGGGGAUUCAGAAGAACCAUCUUUCAAUGAACUAUGACAAAAUGUCUCGUGCUCUGCGGUAUUACUACAGAGUCAAUAUUCUCAGGAAAGUCCAGGGCGAGAGACAUUGCUAUCAGUUCCUGCGCAACCCGAGUGAGCUGAAGAGCAUAAAGAACAUGUCACUACUGCGACAGCAGAUGAGUCCCCCGAGGGCAACAGGCCCUGCAGCGAGCCACAGUGCCUCGAGUUUGACGAUACCCGUCAGGGUGAAGUUGGAGCCUAAGAGUGAACCAGAUGGUGAAAAUAGGAAUGACAGUGACACUCCUGAUGAGUCUGAGGAGCCUACCGACCUGAGCAUGGAGCACCCAACAGACCUCAGCCCCACACGCACACAUGCUCAUCCUAAUGACAUUAACUGAUGGAUGUCUGUAGACUGUGGGCAAAAGCAUCGAUAAUGUCCCAGAGUCGUAUAAGGUUCUGUGCUAGCUCUGACUAUGGUAUAAUCCACGGUCUCUUCAUUUUUUGAGUGGAGGCUAGUGGGUAUUACAGUAAGACUCGAGCAGCUGUAUGCUGAUUAUCUUGAGUGAACCGAUUGGUUAAAAUUGCUCAUAACCUCCUAUCAGUCUUGUGUAAUUAUCUGAUAUGUGAUAAUUUAUUGUCCCUCGUUCUUCAGCAGAGUCAAUUUUUAUUUUGAAAAGUAGUAAUUUUAUAUGUCAUCUUUGCUGUGGCCAUUAUGGAGAUAACAGAAGCAACAAUCAUGGCAAGCUUUACAAAACAGAUGGAAACACUGUUUUCACAGGGUAUGUUUCAUGAAUUGUUGGUUUGGUUUGGAGCAGAUGAAGAGGAAGUGAAGUGAAGUUCUGACCUGUGUAAUUACCUCCAUUGGGACAGUGCAGCUUUGUCAAAGUGUGUCAAAGUCCUAUCCUGUUAUAUGGUAAUUAGACACAUUUGUGAAAACACUGAAUCUUUAAAACGUAUUCAGGAAAAGUACUGAAACAAAGAAAAACAAAAGUUUGUCAUAAAGCCCAUUCUUUUUGGAAGCAAACAGCUGUGGUAGUCCUUUGCUUCCAUCAUUUGUGGCCUGCAAAAUAUUUGAAUAGUCUAAUGCACACUUCUGUUUAUUCACAAGACAGAAGACUACUGUUGAUCAUCACAACAUUUUGAUAUUUUGCUGGUGUUAUUAUUCAUUUUUUUCAAAUAUUCAGUAAUUUAAUAACUCAUCUAAAAGAUUGUAGUGAGAGUGAUUUUAAAAUGGUGAAAGUCACCACUGGCAAUUGAAUAUUGUGAUUCAGUACAAGUAAUCAACACGUGUUGGUAGCUUAUUGAGUGUUUAUCUUCUCACAUCAUGAGAGGUUUUUUCUGUGCCAUUUAUUUCAUGUAACAUUUAUGAGGUAAUAGACCAUUUCCCUGUUGGAAAUGCUGCAGUUGACAUGCAGUAAGUGAUAAAUGCGUAGAAACUUCUUAUUUUUUAAGAAAGUGUAAAAAUGCAGCACGCAUUGAAAGGUAAAUUCAUUACUGAAAUACAGUGUAUCAGUAAGAAAUGAGGGACCUUUACAUUGUACAGUCUAAAUUAGCUGCUCAGUUUUAGAGUUAGCAUAUCAUUGCAAAUGAAGUAAUGUGUAACACUAGUAAUUAUGACUGUGUGAUACAUUCUGUGGCUCUCAUAUAAAUGCCCAGUUAGCUACUAUGCUUUGUAACCUUCUACACGACCACAUCUCAGAAAGUGUGACAAAUUAAGAGACAGACUGGACACAUUUUGUUCUGUGACUACUUAUCAAAGUCUUUCACUAUUUAAUUAGAAGAUGUGGUAUACUGUGAAACCUCAGAACAAGCGGAGUGGCUGCAUUAUUUAUUACUUACUGAACAUUUGCUCUGUGUUUUGGACAGCAGCUCUGAAGCCUUGCAGAUUUUCUGUAGGGUAAAGUGUUUUCCACUGUGAUCAUUAUAUACAUAUAUAUUAUAUAUACAGUGAAUAUUUUCUUUGUUAAUCACUUGUAAAUAUAUAAAAAUGUUUUUGAAGGAGUGCUGUUAACAGAAUAUUUCUGACUUUGUAUAUUAUAAAUAAUGUUUUAGUUUUUUGGUGAUGAAGACCAGAAAAAUGUAAAUUUUUAAUUUCACAUUUUAGGACGGGACACAAAAUAAUUUUAUUGUACAGUUUAGAUAUAGGGGUUAAAUGUAAUUAGUGGAUUUAAACAGCUGGCUGCACCAAGUCUGAACCCUCAAUGUGAUCGCACAUGAGGGCAUUUGGACAGAGUUGUGGAAUCGGGCAGCUUCGGGGUUUACUGAUUAAAUGGUCAUACUCAGAAUGUGAAAAUCUAUACAAUGAAUUGAAAGAUCUCAUUAUCUGUGAACUUCAAAAGUCUUUUGAAAAUUGAUGUACAAAUGAUAUUAAAGAGAGAGAGAUAACUAUUUUUCUGUAAAGGCUGUGUGUAAAUACAGCUUUAUAAAGUAUGAAUGAACAAAAAAAUGGAAGUAUAUUUAAUCAAAAGAA